AUGUCUCAAACCUACCGCUCUCUAACCAAAUACCUCACCUUCGCCAACCUGGACCAGUACCAAUGGUGGCAGCAAGCCGGCCCAACCCUCUCCAAACUCCUGUCCACGGCCAACUAUCCCGUCGACCAACAAUACCAAUACCUCCUCCUACUAGGCCUCCACGUCAUCCCCAUGCUGGGCCCCUACCCUUCCUCCCAACGACCAGGCCUCUACAAAAGCCCUAUAGGAGGUAUUGGCACCCUCGAACUAAGCCAGAACUUCACCAAAGAUGCCAACACCGUUCGCAUGGGUUUCGAACCGGUGCACUACACCGCAACAACAGGCCAAGACGAGUGCAACCAGCUCAUCAUGAACGAAACAUUAAUGAAGUUCAAGCGACUAGGCGCAAACGUCAGCCUCUCCCUUUACCAUUCGCUAGUGUCCGAACUGACCCUAUCCGACGCGGACUUGGGUAUUCUCCGCGAGAAAGACGAGCUGAAGAAACAGCCGACGAAGUCCCAGCAUGUGCUGGGUGUUGACAUGAAGGGCGGCGAGGUGCUGGUCAAGGUGUAUAUAUAUCCACAGCUCGCGGCUAUUGCUCGUGGGACGCCCGUCUCGGAGAUGAUAUUUGCUGCCCUGGAGAAGGUAGAUGGUGGUCAGCUGGGGGAAAGCGGAUGUCUUUCUGUCCUGAGAGAGUUCAUUGCGGAUGAGAGGGUGAAUCCGGCAACGACGCCCGUUACUUUUUUAUCGUGUGAUUUGCUGGAGCCUAGUCAUGCUCGGUUCAAGGUCUAUCUGGCGGAGUUCCAGUUUGAUUUUGAGACGCUUUCUCGGAACUGGACGCUUGGUGGGAGGUUGGCUGAUGCUGAGACUAUGAAGGGGUUGGAUAUGCUUCAGGAACUGUGGACGGCGUUUGAUCUACCGCUGGGACUGAGAGAGCCUCCUAAACCGGGUAAUUCGCCGGUUCGGUUGCCGUUUUUGUAUAAUCUUGAGAUGCAGUCUGGGAGGAAGUCACCGAAGUCGAAGGUUUAUUUCCCGUUGGCGGAUGUUAAUGAUCUCGACAUCGCGAAUGUGCUGACUGGGUUCUUUGAGAAACAUGGGUGUGCUGGAUUGGCGAGGUCUUAUACAGAGAAUUUGGUGGAGUAUUUCCCUGGCGUAGUUCUCAGAGAGAGCGUUGGGUUGCACGCAUGGUUGUCUUUCUCCUACUCGGAAAAAACUGGGCCUUAUAUGACGGUCUACUACCAGUGGCCAGACAGCUUCAACCAAGGCCAUUUGACUGCAGUCAACCCCUAA